GUCCCACUCAAGUUUAUACACUUUAUUUCUCCACACCAGAGUCAUAAUAUAAACUGCCCUGUAAAGGAUUAAGGUCAAAUAAAUCAAUGGGGAUAUAGUUUCUGCAUAAGUAUAAAAUAUCAUAUAAGAAUGACACUCCCACUCACCCAAGUACAGUGACUCAAUAAAUAAAAUAUGACCGAUACGGCUGUUCAAUGUUCAAACGACUCCUCGUCCAAAAAACCACCCAAGAAAGCGAAAUGGGUCAAGUUGCCCACCCCACCCCCUGAUCCUUGGGAGGUACCACAUCAAUCCUACACGAAAACACCAUACCCAACCAAAGAUGAGUGCGAAACAGAACAAUCCGAGUGCGGAAUCAGCGAUAAAGACAAGGAGAUCUUCGAGUACAUCGACUCCUUGCAUAAAAACGCUUACUCCACCUCGGCGUUUGCCCCGGCCAUCGUCACCGAAGAAGCCUUCGACCAUCUGGAUAAACUUUACAAACUAAUGGAGCAAAUGUUGGAGUUAAGAGAGCAAAACGUCAAAUUACACCGAAGAAUCAGAGACCUGGAGCAUCUAAACAACUUGGGCCGACUAACGACGAACCCGAAUAACUUAGAGAACGAAUAUCCGGACCUGGAUAAGGAGGCCGCCUUCGCCCAGGCCAUCCUGGAAUCGAUCCUGCAGGAUCCGAAAAAUAACGAUCUGCCGAAAUAUAAAAAUUUUAAAAGUUCAGUUUUGAAAAGGCACAGGAGCAGUUCGGCCACCGAGAAGCAAGUCUCUGAAGGGCUGGCUUCUAUGGAGGAAAGAGACAAGGAGUAUGAUGGAAGUAAAAACGAGAAGCAAUCCAAGGUGUCCAAGUGGACGAAAGUCAAGGCGGCUUUUAGGUGGGAGAAAGCUUCGAAUGUUGGUGACGGUAAGUCACAAGACAGCGGCAUUCACGUGCCGGUGAACUAUGAAAUAGCGCGGUACUUGAGGGUGCCCAGCACCAGCGAUGAAACGGGACAUAGUCCCGUGGAUUCUGGAGCGGGAAUCUCCACCCCUGGAACCAUAAGUUCGGCCUCGUCUAAUGACGAUUUGAGGUUAGGUCGCCUCCAGUGCGAAGACUUCAAGAGCUCGGACGAGGAGAACCCUCACUACAUUCCACAUACGAAGGACUAUCGUUCAAAACCGCACCAAAAGUACCAGCAAGGCCACCAUCCGCGUACCCCAUGGGCCAAAAUGAAGGAAAUGAUCCACCCACGCAACAGUUUGAAAAAGAAACAUCGCUUAUCUGCAGCUAGUGACGAUAUCCAGAUCGACGUGGAGUUCUGUAGCGAUAACGAGGACGUUUUCGAAACCGAAGAUUCUAUUAACAAAAGCACCAACAUUUCCCUCUCUCCAUCUCCGAACGUUUUUAGUAACUCCAGUGUGAGUCCAUGCGGUAGUAGUGAGGUGCCCUCGGAUGUAAUCGAGCGGUACCAGAGAGCACUGGCCGAGGACAGUACCUCGGACUCGGAGGCGAGACCAUCCAGAUGGACCAGAGUCCGGGAAGCGUUCUUGUCCAGAGACCCCCAACGGAGAAGGGAGAGAAGACAUUUAACCUCAUUGGAAACAGAGAACAAGACGCGGUCGGAGGAAAUGACCGCGGAAGAAGAAAUCCGACGGAACUACAAGAAGCUACAGAAGAAACUCAGUCUGGAGUUCCAAGAGAAAAUAUGCGAGUGGGAGAGAUUGAAACAGAACUCCCCGGGAAUCUCGACAACACCCACCUGCACCUUCGAAGACAAUCGAGAUCCUUUUUAUAUGAAAAAACUGGAGGAGCUGCACAAGAUUAAUAAGAGUCAUUCUCCCACGGGAAAGCACAGGCGUAUUCAGAUGACGAGGGAAUACGAACUGCCUCCGGACUUCAAGAAGAAGAUGCAAGAGUGGGAAAAGAUCAAGAAGACGAGCCACUCGGGAGGUAGAACGAGGAAAAAGUUGGGCGAGAUCACCAAGUGGAAGAGUUUGGGGGGACCCAGGUCAACAGACCAUUCACCGGUCUUCGAAUACCCACAAAUAUCCGAAGAGUUUCGGAAAAAACUGGAAGAAUGGAAGCGAAUCAAGGCGUCCGGAGGACCCGCCUCUUAUUCCAAACUGAAAGACAAAACUCCCAGUCCGAAACUAAGCAGAAAAAACUCCUCACCGAAGCAAAGCAAAAAGAACAAAGAGCUGCACUGGUUCGAAAAAGAACUGGGAAAAAUCGAGAAAGAGAAACAACGCCUGGAACGGGAACGUCAAAAGUUCAUAGAACGCGAGGAGAGACUCUCCAAGUUGCGUAGGUCCCUGCUAGGCGGGCCACCAUCGAAAAAAGAAAUCUUGAUCCACACCCCGUCCGGUUUCCACCGGUUCGAGGGAAUAUCCAGGAAGUUCACCCAAAAGUUGUACGAAUGGGAAAAAUCCCAGGGAAUAGCCCCGGAGGCCUCCACGUUCGCUUUAUUAUCCGCUUCGAGUUACACCGCCGCUAUCCCCGGAACACUUGGCAGGAAAAAGGAGUCAUCAGGUCAUCACUCCUCCUCACUGCCGCGUUCAAAGUCGGCCGAUAGCAUCGCGAUUUCUGCCCUAAAUCUCACCUGUCCCUUACUCUCCGGUCAUCCCUCCUCGCUUUCCUUGAACGACAUGGACGAGUUGGAACGCGAGUGUUUGGCCGACUCGAAAUCCUCCUCGAUGCAGUACCUAAUGUCUGGUGAGGAUCAAUAUUUGGACGACGACGAACCUGAGGCGGUACUGGUCGAGGUGGAGGAUUACGAGGAGGAAACCGCGGAACCGUUUCAUGUUUCUUGUAUAGAGAGGCAUCAGAUGCCGGUGUACCAGUGCCAAGAGUUUAAACCAUUGUGCGAAAGUGAGACCAUCGUGGUGCCGAAAGUGAGGAGAUCGGAAUCGGCAAGGGCCCAAACCAAUUAUGACUUAAUGGAGAAUAUUGUGAAGUUAUUGACGGAACUUCAGGUGACCGAAGAUGAAGUUCGCUGUUUAGUGGAGAACAAAGGCAUCCAGGAGGAGACCGAUAAGAAGUCUUUUAAGUUUCUAAACGAUCUUCAGCAGCAAGCGAUUAAGACCCUUACGGAGAAGCUGCUGAAGCUCCAAGAGGCGAAUCUGGCGGUCACUAGUAACAUCCCCAAGGAGGGUAAUCCAAACCACUCCAAGGUGGAAGAUAUAUUGGAUAAUGUACAAGACAUAUCCAGUGAAAUGUUGCUAGUCACCGACAAAAUGCAUAAGGCGGUCCUGCUUCGGGUUUCCCCGGAUAACCUCCACCGCUACCGUGAGUCGAUUUUCGAGCAAAUCAAAGACGUACGCGCCAAAAUUGCCGAACUGCGUCGCCAUCUGAGCUACAUCUGCGCAGCUUCCGAUGUUACCACUCCGUGCGGGAAUAAAUCCAAGUUGACUGUCGGGAAAACUGUAUCGAGCGAUAGCAAGGGAGACAAUAGCGACAUCUCGGUUGGGAGAAGCGACAAUAAAGAGAGUAGGAGAUAUGUGAAGUCGGAAGGGACAGGAAUACCAAGUGGCCAAGGGGCAGUAAAGAAGCGCAUCCGGUACCGUCAAAAGACGACAACAAAAACCGGAACUGACACGGACGAGGAGGAAGAAGAAGAAGCAGAAGAGGGAGAGAAACAGUCAAGGCAGCACAAGAAGCUGACUCGAACAAAAUCGGUGUCGGAAAGCAACGUACCCGCUAAACUCUCCGAAAACUUAACCCCAGAAAGUCAUUUGUCCGAUUUAAGGUUAGAUUCACCACCAUCCGAAUCAGCCGUGACUCUUUUCGUGAAAACCACCAGGAAACUCUUCACCCCUUUAGUGGAAACAUCUUUGGCCAAAAGCUGGACCGAGCCCACCAUCAUAUCGGAAGCACCUCAACCUCUCACCUCUUUACCACCCUUACCGCCAUCUCCAGUGCCACAACGAAAGGUCUACAACAAAGAGGUAUCCCCAGGGAUCAAACUGAUCAUGGCCAAAUACAAUCAGAGCGUAGAACAGUCCAGUGGUGUCAAAUCGUGUGGAUCCAGCGGCUCAAACUCGCCGGUGGCGUGGCGGUCUCCGGUACUGGACCGUAGGGUCAAGGUGCAAACGGAAAAGUACCAAGAGGAGCUGAAGAAGUCAUCACCCCUGCUAGGAGAGAGACGUUCGGUGCAGAAGUCCUCGAGCGCUAGCCAGAUUUCAUCACAGGUCACCGCCCGUAAGACUUCUUUGAAUGUCGCCCCCGAUCCAUCAGAGGCCCCUAAAGAGAUAAUCGAAGGCGCCCCCAGGCCCCAUUUGACCCUCGAUAUUAAUCUGGCUAAUAAAACUGUACCUCCCGAAAGUGAGAGGAAAGAUUCUCCGGAAGUGCGCAUGAGAAAGAUCCAGAGGGCCAAAAUGGAGUUCCUGAAUGCACCAGUGUCCGCUCCCAGUUAUAUCAGUGAGGAGUGUUUACAAUUUCCCCAAAGGAAUCGGUUGAGUCAGGUGAGCGUGGAUAGUGAGGGCAGUAGCAUCGGAACAUGUCCAGGGUCUCUGAUGAAAUCGGCUUCUGCAGGGAUGAUCAACGUCGAUCCGGACGUUUAUAGCAGGAUAAAUCCUGAAUAUCGAGCAGAAGGUUACGUUUCCUUGCCCCGUCAGUCCACCUCGAAAUCGAAAAGUAGCAAAUCGGCCUUUUCCACCAUAGCCUCCAAGUUCCGCAAAGUCAAGAUGCGCAAGUGCAAAGACAGAGACAAACAGGUGGUGGAAACUCUAUGCAGACAAAGUCUGGUCGUGGACAUCAUUGACCAACUGGAGCAAGAGGGAGAUGAAAGAGUUUGCGGCAGCGGUAACGGAGACGUGGUGCAAGAGAGAGAACCGAUUUCCAAGAGUAACUCUUGGAUCAAACGAUCUCUAUUUAAACGAUGAAGCUUCUAUGUUGUUAUUAAAUGUAUUUUAUGGUUAUGUUAACUAACGUAUUGUGCCAAAGCUAAUGUUAACUUAAAACGGAAUCAUGACGUAUAAUGUUAAUGUUUUUUAUUUUGCAAUAUAUAUUGCAUGUUUAUAAUAAAA